UGGAAUUGCUUUCAAUACCAAUUUUCAAAGUUAGGCCCCUACAAUCGGAAGGUUCCAGACUAAGCUCUCCCCCCUUUUGAAAGUUCGCAUCUGAUUCUGCAAGUUGACGGAGAGAAAAUGCCGGAAAAUUACUUGACUGUUGAGGGAUAGAUAAGAGAAAGAGGCCACCCCAGCUUUUAUUGAAGAGAAAUUAUUGGGGGGCAGAAAGCUGCAGUUUUUGUUGCCGCACUUGAAAUCUGCACAUGCAGUGGCAGUGCCUGAGAGGGAAAGAACAGAGGAGAGGGAAUAGCGUCAACACAAAGUUUGUUUGGCGUUGCGACUUCUUCUUGUCCUCGUAUGCCUUGAUUCUUUUGCCGACCACUGGGCUCCAAAUGCCCAAAUGGCACUGCAUUGGCAUGAGGACUGGGGCUGCACUCCAACUACUUUUAAAAGGAUGAAAUAAAAAGGUCAGACAGGUGAAACAGAAGCUGUGCAAUUCGACUCCACGACACGGGCACCGCCACUUGUCUCGCCUGCGCAAGCGUCCCCUCCUUGUCGCCUCGUCCUCGUCGUCGUCCUCAUCCCCCGGUCGAUGCAGCCACGGCGAGGUGGCCAUGCUGCUCGCUACGCGCCGAGAGCCGACGCUUGGACGUGCCUUGCCCAACCACCCGCGCACCUCCGCGUGAGACAAACCUUAUCGGCCACGGAACAAAGAGGCCGCUCUUAUUCCCUGCGCUCCGCGACAAGCGAACCCUCCCACCGCGCGUCAUAAUUUGGCACUGUGCGGAGAAAAACAAGGAAGCGAGAUGCCGACAAGAAGCCUUGGCUUUUGUCGUCGCUUCGCCGCUGGCUCCGGCGUUCAAGGCCCUUCCUUCCCCUGCUCCCAUUUUGACUGCGCCGGCUUUGGCUUUUUGGAGUUUUAAAGGUGGGAAAGCACUUUGUGUGGCUGUGGAGGCGGGGGAGAGUCCUUUCGCAUCUUAUCAGAUCUUCGGGUGGAGAAAUUCGAGCUCGCUCUGUGGAUUCCACGCUAGGUUAUAUUUAGGGUUUUCUUAGAGCGUCGGGGGAGAGAGAGAGAGGAUUGGAGUCGAUUUGUCUUUCCGAUCUUGAUCUUGUCAGCGGGCAAGAUGGCGCCUAUGAUGAUGGGUAAUGUGGCCCAGGACGACGGGUCGUCGUCGGUGACUUCGUCGCCGCUCAAGAGCUUCUCGUUGAUGUCUCUUUCGCUGCCGGCGCUGCUGCCCUGCUCGCCGUGGCACCGGGAGCUCAAGUCCGACGAGCGCGGGCUCUGCCUCGUCCACCUCCUCUUUAACUGCGCCAACCACGUGGCCGCCGGCAGCCUCGACCGCGCUAACGCCUUCCUCGAGCAGAUCGCGCUGCUCGCCGCCCCCGACGGCGACGCCAUGCAGCGCAUCGCGUCCCAUUUCACGGAGGCGCUGGCGCGCCGCGCCCUCCGCCUGUGGCCGGGCCUCUACCACGCCCUCGACUCUGCGCGUGCAGUGGUCCUCCCCGUCACGGAGGCCGCCGUCGCCCGGCGGCAUUUCCUCGACCUCUGCCCCUUCCUCCGCCUCUCCUACGUCGUCGCCAACCAGGCCAUCAUGGAUGCUAUGGAGGGCGAGAAGGUCGUCCACAUCGUCGACCUCAACGCCUCCGACCCGACUCCCUGGCUCUCCCUCUUUAAGGGGCUGAGGGCGCGACCGGAGGGCCCGCCGCACCUCAAGAUCACUGGCGUCCACGAGCACCGGGAACUUCUCAACCACACCGCCAUCCGCCUCUCCGAGGAGGCCGAGCGACUCGAUAUCCCAUUCCAAUUCAACCCUGUGGUUAGCAGAUUAGACGACCUCGACAUCGAGAGCCUCCGCAUUAAAACAGGGGAGGCACUGGCCAUCACCGCCGUCCUCCAGCUCCACACCCUGCUCGCCACCAACGACACGGCCGAUGGCCGCAAGGCAGCGCAACGAGCCACGCCGGCGGGAACCACACAACAACCAACCCUGGGCGAUUUCGUCGACAAGGACCACAACGGGCACAGCCCGAACUCGAACUCGGCACCAUCGUCGCCAUUCGCCUCUACGUCGCCGGAGCGGAUAGACAGCUUCCUGUCGGUGCUGUCGGGGCUGUCGCCCAAGCUGAUGCUGGUGACGGAGCAGGAGUCCAACCACAACAGCACAACACUGACGGAGCGAUUCGCGGAGUCGCUGUUCUACUACGCCGCGCUGUUCGACUGCCUCGACUCGACGGUGCCGCGGCGGUCCGUCGAGCGGCUGCGGCUGGAGAAGAUGCUGCUGGGGGAGGAGAUCAAGAACAUCAUCGCGUGCGAGGGGUGGGAAAGGAAGGAGCGGCACGAGAAGCUGGACCGAUGGGCGCGGAGGUUCGACGCCGCUGGCUUCGCCGCGGCGCCGCUCGGAUACUACUCGCUCCUGCAUGCCCGGCGACUGCUGCAGGGAUUCGGGUGCAACGGCUACCAGGUGCGAGAGGAGGCCGGCGGCUGCCUCAUGCUGUGCUGGCAGGACCGGCCGCUCUUCUCGGUGUCGGCAUGGCGACGCAAGCGGCGCGAUUGAGUCGACUUGCUGCUCUUCUUUCUCCAUUUCCGUUUGUUCUGUGCGUGUAGAUAAAUCUUUUUGGCCCUGCGCACUGCACGAACUAAUUAGAACAACAAUGGUGGAUUCUGUCAUCGAAAUGGAAGAUCCAUCUUGAGGCCACAGACUCCAUGUUUAAUCAAUCUUCUUCAAAUCACAAUUUCUCUAGAUCAAUGCCAAUUUCUA